AUGAUAAAUUUAUAGCAGCAGGUAUUUAUGCUUGAUGAAUUUCAUUCUUAUUUAGGGUGUGGUGAUGGUACUAUUAAGAUUUACAAUGCUUUCACUUCGAAACUAAUGUAUCAAAUGGGAAGCAAUCAUAAUCAUGGAGACGGAAUGCCCAUCACGAGUAUUAGAUGGAGACCAAAUUCUUCAAGCGAAUCUGGAGCUAAAUCAUCAAAUGUUAUUGUUUCCAUUACUUCAGACGGUUUAAUUCAGCAUUGGGCAGUCAAUUCAAGUAAAUGCUUACACUCCUUUAAGGAUGAACCUGAUAAUAACCUGUAUGCCUUAGACUUUGCCCCUGAUGGGAAAAUGUUUGCUACUGCAGGUUAGGAUACAAGAGUCUAUGUUUAUGACGAGCAAACGAGACAAAGAUUGCUUGAUAUGAAAAUUGGAGGUAAAAACCUUCCAGGUCAUUCUAGCAGGGUGUUCUCUGUCAAAUUUAAUCCCCAAGAACCAAAUAUGAUUAUUAGUGGAGGUUGGGAUAGAACAAUUUAGAUCUAUGAUAUAAGAGAAGGAAGGACUGUAGGUAGUAUUUAUGGGCCUUAAAUAAGUGGAGAUGCCCUUGACAUAUACGAUGAUAUGAUCAUUGCAGGAUGUAACAGAAAUAAAGACAUCGUUCAGAUGUUUAGUUUAUCUAAAAAGUAGUUGAUAUACAACAUUGAUUGGGAAUCAUCUUCCAGAAAAGACAUUGAGUCGGGUUAUUUAUAUGGAGCCAAAUUCUCAAGGCCUCAUCCUAACUAUAUAGUAGCUGGCGGUGCAGGUAAGAAUGAAGUCAAAGUGUUUGAAAAUAAUGCUGAUGGGUCUGCUUCUUUCAGAAUUUUAAGCUCUAUACAUGAACUUGAAGCUCCUUGCUUAGCUAUAGAUACUUCUAAAGCAGGGGAUAACUUUGCAUUUUCAUGUUAAGAUGGAAGGAUAUACAUUUGUAAUUAUAAGCUAGAGGAGGGUUACGAUUUUGAGGGUUAUUAAGGAGGUCAUUUCAAAGAGGUUUCUCACUAGAAAAAGAGAAAUAUGAGCGAUGUUAAUGAUGAGGAGGAGGAAAGGAAAGAGUAAUGA